CAUAAACCUGCUAUAACAAAGAUGACGGAAGGAGAAAAACGACGCAUUUUACCACUAGCUAAGAGUGUGGUAAACCUCAUUGCAGCUGGAGAAAUCAUUAUUGCCCCAUCAAAUGCUUUGAAAGAAUUGCUUGAGAACGCUAUAGAUGCAGGUGCCUCCCAGGUUGAGAUAAUGGUCAAAGAGGGUGGACUAAAACUUCUUCAAAUUACAGAUAAUGGUACAGGAAUCAAUAAGGAAGACUUACCAAUUUUAUGUGAACGUUUCACUACCUCAAAAUUGGUGGCGUUUGAUGAUCUCCGAGAAAUUUCAACAUACGGAUUUCGUGGUGAAGCUCUUGCAAGCAUUUCACAUAUUGCACGACUAAGUGUCAUUACUAAAACUGCGCAGGAUGAGUGUGCUUGGAAGACAACAUAUAGGGAGGGUGAACUUGUUGGAGGUUUUGAUGAUGGCAUCAAACCUGUUGCAGGUAAAACGGGAACAAUUCUAGUAGUCGAGGAUAUGUUUUACAAUGUUCCUUCGAGGUUACGUGCUUUAAAAGGUGCAACAGAAGAAUAUGCCAAAAUUUUGGACGUCGUUAGUAAUUACUCAAUUCAUGUUGAGAAUGUUGGGUUCAACUGCCAACGCUUGAGUGGGACCGGCUUGGAUCUAAUGAUCCGAAAAACUGCAAACAGGAAAGAUCGAAUUCGGUCCAUAUAUGGAUCCAACAUAGCAAACAAUCUGAUACCUGUCAACAUAGAAAUAGAUAAAAAAUUUGAUGAAGAGUUCGGCUUGAACAAAUGUCACGGAAUGAUAAGUAAUACUAGUUUUGAGAAUAGAAAAGCGAUUCAGCCAAUUUUUUUUAUUAACAAUAGAUUAGUUAUCUGUGAACCUUUGAAACGGGCAAUCAACUCAUUAUAUUCGACUUACUUACCUAAAGGUCACAAACCGUUUGUUUACUUGUCACUUGAGAUCAGACCUCAAAAUGUUGACGUGAACGUGCACCCGACAAAACGAGAGGUCAGAUUUUUAAAUGAGGAUGAAAUAAUAGAACAGAUCGUAUUAUCCAUUGAUCAAAUAUUGUCGAAGCUAGAUUCUUCUAGAGAGUUUUUAACUCAACAGGUUCUCACAAACACUCGAAAGAUUGAAGAUGAUGUUGAAGAAAGAAGAAAUAAGCGGUCAAAGUUUACUUAUCCAGAAACUAUCGUGAAAGAAAAGACGAAACAGUUACCUCUUUCUCAAUUUCGAAAACCUUAUGAACAUGAAUUGGUAAGAACAGAUUAUAAUCAAACAACUUUGAACAAUUUCGUUAAACCUUCUCAAAAUUCCCAAUCAUCACAGAAACUAUCGAAUUCUAUAGACCCCACUCUAGUUGAAGAUAAGGAAGAUAUUGUCGAUAUCAAUGUUCCUAAUGAUGAUGCUGACAGUGAUGAGAAUACGCUUCAGCGAAGUGAGGAGCCAGAAGACAUCAGUUCAUCUAAAAUCUUGAAGACAAAUAUAGAGAAAAGGCAAAGAAAGCCUUUGACUUUGUUGUCAAUCCGUUCAUUACGUCAAGAACUUCAAGAACGUGGUAAUCGUCAGCUAACUCAGCUUUUUGCACAGCAUACCUAUGUAGGAAUUGCAGAUUAUGAUAAACGGCUCUGUUGUGUCCAACAUGACGUGCGCCUUUACCUUGUUGAUUAUGCAAGUUUGUGCGCCGAGUUGUUCUAUCAUAUUGGUCUUGCUGAUUUUGCAGGUUUUGGUAAAAUAGAGCUUGCUAACACCGAUGGGAUUGAUAUCAAAAAACUAAUUAGAUCAGAAAUUUAUGAAAACCAAGAUUUUUCCAAAAUUUAUUGCAAGCAGAAUAAUUUAGAGAAAUUGCCAGCUUUGGAUGAACUCGUUCAAACUUGUUUUGUUGAUAUGCGGGAAAUGUGGGAUGAAUAUUUCAGUGUUGAUAUUGAUACGACGGACUCAGAAAACCCAAAACUUCGAAGUUUGCCUUUGCUCGUAAAAGGAUAUAUACCCAGCUGGAAUAAGUUGAGCUUGUUUUUGUUUCGUGUGAUAUCCAAGAUAGACUGGAAUGAUGAAAAGGCAUGUUUGGGAGGAAUAUUAAGGCAAAUAGCUUUGUUUUAUGUACCUGAGUCAAUAAGCGAUGAUGACAGUGAUGAUCGUAAUGAUUUGGAGCAAAGAAAACGUAAAGUUGCCGACGAUUUUGAAAAUCUCUUGUUACCCAUUGUUAAGCGUAAGUUCUUAGCUACCGAUAAUUUGGUUCGUGAUGUUAUUGAAAUUGCAAGCUUGCCUGGUUUAUACAAGGUUUUCGAGCGUUGCUGAAUAGUGACAAACUUUGUUAGAAUCAGAUCUUUUUACCGAUAAUUAUACAAAAAAGUGUAUAAAUAUUUAAAUUUAUAAAUGAAUAAAUAAACUGAAUGGUAGUAAAUAAAUAGA